AUGUCGACAACAGUCUGCCAAGUGAUGGGCUUUGUCGUCUCAUCGUUGGGUUUUGCGGGGUGCAUUGCAGCCACUGGGAUGGAUAUGUGGAGCACACAGGACUUGUAUGACAACCCAGUCACGGCAGUGUUCCAGUAUCAGGGACUCUGGAGGAGCUGUGUGAGGCAGAGCUCAGGUUUUACAGAGUGCCGACCUUAUUUCACCAUUCUGGGGCUACCAGCCAUGUUUCAGGCAGUGAGGGCCCUCAUGAUUGUGGGCAUUGUCCUGGGUGCCCUUGGCCUCCUGGUGUCCAUUUUUGCCCUCAAGUGCAUACGCAUUGGGAAUAUGGAGGACUCUGCAAAAGCCAACAUGACCCUGACCUCCGGCGUCAUGUUUAUUGUGGCUGGUCUGUGUGCAGUCGUUGGAGUGUCUGUGUUUGCCAAUAUGCUGGUGACAAACUUUUGGAUGUCCACAGCUUCCAUGUACCAAGGAAUGAUGCCAUCGCUCCAGUCAAGGUACACCUUUGGCUCAGCCUUGUUUGUUGGCUGGGUAGCUGGGGGCCUGGCUUUUGUCGGAGGCAUUAUGAUGUGCAUUGCCUGCAGAGGACUCAUGCCCAAAGAGACCCAUUACAAAACUGUGUCCUACAAUGCCUCCGGACGGAAUAUUUCCUACAAGACUGGGCCAUAUAAAGUUGGCUCUGGCUAUGAACCUGAACCGAAAAAUAAGAAAACUUCAACCUACGAUGAAAAUGCUCGAAGCGAAGAUGGAAGGCGUUCUUACCCUUCAAAAUAUGACUAUGUCUAGAAGUCUUUUUGGGGUGAAAGAUACACUGUCUUUGUAUAACAUAUAUCAGUCUAGAAACAAAACAAAAAGAAUGUGCAAGCUAGAGGCACUUGCCUGUUGGUUGGUAUUUUCUUAAUUUGUUCCCCUUGCUUGGAGGUGGUUUUGGACAUCCUCCUUCUUCACUGGCUCUUAACGUGACCCUGAGUUGACUUUAUACUAGUGUUCAUGGCAAAGUGAGAUUUGUAACAAAUGAAGUGCAUUUUUUACCUGCUGUCUUUGUGCAUAUUGCAAAUGCAGCCUAUGACAACCAAAGCUUUCAUCCUCCCCCGCACCAUUUUCUGCUUCUUUUAAUAGACUUAAAUUCAUAUUCAAUAACAGAACACAGCUGGAGUUUGUGAUUUCAUGUCAAUCCAUCAUGAUCACAUGUGUGUCUGGGACUAAAAGCUAAAUAGCAGCAAGAUUAUAAAAGGCCUGAGCAAAUCAGGAAACUCAGCCAGAUUACUCUGUUGUUUUAUUAAAAGAGGCAAUUGCUUCCAAAACAUUAAGUGGGUGAUUUUAGAGCUCAUACGUCAAAACAGCACACCACAUCAGCACAUUGCAUCUCCCCAUUCUAGUAAAAUGUUAUGCAAAAUACAAGAUGUCAUGUCUGCCUUUUUAGAGCCCAGAAAACUUAAUGGUCUCUCAUAAUAGUCUGAAAAUGCCGUGAUUCACUGAACAUCUUUGCAUCUUUGCAACCUACUUUUGCCAUGACAGGUUAAAAAGAGAAAAGAAAAAACAGUUUCCUGUUGUAUUAUAUGCUGUAUGCAUUAACCAAAUCUCCACUCCCUUUCUUAACAGUGAGUAUAGACAAAUCCUAUAACAACAUACAUCCUCUUGGUCAACACUUGUACUUAGAUACAUCUUUACCUUGUAUUGAAGACUAUACCAUGAUGCUGAUGUGCUGUGAUAUUGCAUUUGAUUUAUAUUACUUAGCCAUUUGUUGUAACCUGUGAAGCCAAUGUGUAUUUGUUCUGAUCUCCUUGGGGAACAUAUAUAAUCCAUUGUUAUUCCUAUGCAUGAUAUUUACUGUAAUAGCUGAAAACCUUUGUGCACAACUGGUAUUCAUGUGGAUGUCACCUUUAACGAAGUCAGAAGAAUUUCUCAUUUAGAAUUAAUUAAAGUUACAUUUGGAUCAGGAAUCCCAGGGAGCAUUAGAAGUGUAACUUUCUUUACUGACAUUAGGAGUCCCUUGCAUUAAUUCUUUCUGUACUAAUUUGAAUAUUAACCCCUUAGGAGGAUGCUGUUAUCAUAUCAGCAAACAAAUUGUAAUACAGUUUUUUGUCAGUCAGAGAACACAGGAAAAGGAGAUUGUUCAGUCUACAGUUGAUGGGAAGCAUUGCUGCCACUUUAAUGAGUUUAUUCCCAAAGGUAAUUUGAUGGGUCUCUGGAAAUUGCCUUGGUCGGGGUUUCUUAGUAGAGGGAGGAUCAUGUUAUUGUUGGGUUUUGAUCGUGUGAAGCAAGGGGUCCCCAACUUUCACAGGCCCAUGUGCAACAGUAGUGAGAGAGAAAUGCUCUGGGGGCACCAUCUUUGCACUCCCUGUUCUACCUCAGUGUUAACUGUUUUGUUUCCUCUGACUGGUAGCUUUGACAUGCAAGCCACAGGCUGGGACCACUGAAAACAGCCUGUCCCACCAAUAUAAUCACUUUAAGACAUGCCAGUGAUGGGUUUUUGCUCUUUCCUCACUAAGAUUUGGAGUUCUGUGUACCCAUGUGCUUGGGAACUCAUUCUGGGAACACAUGGAUAUAUAUGCCCCUGCCCCUCCUAUUUUGAAUGAAUCAGAAAUUGAGAUAGGAAUUUCCACUGUAAGUUUGAUCAGGAAAAUGUAUAAAGGCCGUGACAACAUCCUGGUUUAACCCACACUGGUUGUUUAUCCAUAAAACCCCUAGACACAGCAUACCAUAGCUACUGGUACUCGUACAGAAUGAAGUCCAUGCAAUAUUCUCCCCAACACAGUUACCCUACAGUGGACCCACAUGGGAGGAGCUCCAAAGCAAUGCGUGUUUCCACAAUGGCUCCAGGUAGGAUGGUCUGAAAGAGUUUGGAGGCAGACUAGGGAUGGAGCCAUGAGACUCCGAUGGCUCAGAAACGGUGCACAGUGUCAUGGCCAUAAAGAUGAAAGAAAUGAAGUGUAUCCCUAUCCCCUGUAUCAGCCUUAGUUUGCUGAACAGCACAAUUAAGUCUAUACAAUGUGCACUCCCAACUCUAUAUGAUCAUUGGAACUAAAUCCUAGUUGGCAUAAAUCAGCAUAGUUCUGUUGAAGUUAGUGGUGAUAUGCUGAUUUACAGCACUGGAAGAGUUGGCCCCUUAUUUUUACAGGUCCUUGUAGUUACACAGAUCUGAGACUUUUGCUUAAUUUUUUUUUUUUUUUAGCAAUGUUUUUGUUACUUUGAAGAACAGAUUUUCAUGCAAUUUCCAAUGCGUACUUUGCUUUUGUGUCUUUG